GACGCUAGACUCCAUCGAGAUCGAGGGCGGCUUCUACAUUGUGACGGAGCCUUGCGUCCCCCUUCUGUCCGACGAGGCGGCGGACCCCAGCUCCGACAGGGAGCCAGCCGUUUGGGGCGUCUACCAGGCCCUCGACGCGCUCUCCUUCCUGCACCAGAGCGGCUUCACGCACGGGCUGAUCGGCCCCACCAGCAUCUUCGUGACGCCGCAGGGCGACUACAGACUCGGCGCCUUCGAGCUUUGCAGGAAAGGCGCAGACGCCGCGUCGAUGAUAGCCGGCAGGCGGAGGAGCGGCCCAAGCGUCAUGGGGCUGCCGGACCCGCCCGCCCACCUCGCGGAUGCCACCGCGCCCACGCAGGGCUUGGACUUUUGGGGGGCCGCCCUGCUCUUGGCGUACGUCUACGGGUCCGCCCGAGCGGGCCGCCGGGGCGCCGACUACAGGGUCGACAUGGCCAAGGCCGGGCCGGACUUGCCCGCGGAGUUGCGGAAGCCCUUCGCGGAGCUGCAGAGACCCGGACCGCUGCGAGGGCGAGAUCCUAUCGCGGACGUCGUCGCGCUGCCGUACUUCCAAGAGCACCCCUGCGUGCAGGUGAUGAGAUUCCUCAGCGAGCUGCACAUACGGUCGCCGGAGGAGAAGGAGGCGUUCUUUGCCGGCCUGCCUCAGCUGCUGGACAGCGUCCCGCAGUCGACGCAGACGAAGCAGGUGCUGCCGGAGCUGCUGACGGCGCAGAAGUUCCCGGGCCAGGAGGCGGCCCAGGUGUUGCCAUCCAUCCUAAAGAUCUCCAAGAGGCUGGAGGAUCACGAGUUCAAGGAGAAGAUCGCACCCCUCGUGGUGAAUCUCUUCACGAUGCCUGAUCGUGCUGUCCGCUUUAGGCUGCUCAGCUCGCUGGGCGAGAUGAUCGAUAUGAUGGAUGACUCGAUGAUCAACGACAAGAUCUUCCCCGAGUGCGUCAACGGCUUCACAGACUCGAACGGGCCGAUUCGGGAAGCAAGCGUUAAGAGUCUGAUAUUUUUCGUGCCCAGGCUUAAGGCGAAGACCGUUGAGGCUAGGGUCUCGAAGAUCUUGGUCAAGUUGACCACCGAUCCGGAGGCGUCCAUCCGCACCAACACCGUGAUCUGCUGCGGGCGGAUCUCGAGCAGCCUGCCGAAGGCCGUGGCCAACCAGACGUUGAUGGCCGUGCUGGCUGCUGGCAUCAAGGAUCCCUUCGGACCAUGCCGCACAGCAAGCCUGCAGACGCUCCUCGCUACGUCGUCCCUGUUUAGCAUGGAGGACAUCGCGACGCGGCUGCUGCCGAACGUGUGCCACCGAUUGAUCGAUCCCGACCCGGGUGUCUCCAGCACCGCCUUCCAGGUUCUAAACGAUUUGCAGGUCCAGCUCAAGCAGCAGGUCGAGGAGAAGCAGGUGGCGGUGCGUCUCCUCUCCAAGUGGGCUUUGGUUGGAUCUGGGGUAGAGUUAGUAUGGUUGGGUGACUGGGUGCGUUGGGAAGGGCAGAGGGCUGCCGACUAG